UCAACCCCAAACAUGGAAGGAAGUAGUAGCAGCAGCAGUAGCGCUGGUAUCACAACCGAGUCGCAUCGUACCCAAUCAUUUCCGUCCAACAACAGCGUGAUGGAUCAUCAUCACCGUCCAUUGCUAUCAUCGGCCAACGGUGCUGAUGAUGAUGAUGAAGAUGAUGGUGGUGGCCGUGGUAGCGGUCCCUCUCAAAACGACAGCGGACCUAACGAGGUGGAGCGCUCCCCAGCACCAACACCAACACCAAAGCCUCCCAAUCACAGCUGCCAUCAUUCUUCUAGUACCGGCCCUAGCCGCAGCAGCAGCAGCCGCGCUACUACUACUAGUACUAGUACUGGUAUUGUCUUCCCUGACCAUGUUGUUGUUGUUACCAACAAUGGGAGUGCAACUGCUGGCUUAGCCGCUGCUGCAGCAGCAACAACUUUGCAGCCUUUUGACUCUCCUUGUUCUAUUACCAACACCGCCUCCAAAUCCCCAGGAGGAGGAGGAGGAGGAGGGCUUGGAAUGGCGGCAGCUUCAGCAGCUCUGGGUUUUCCUUUUACAGCGGUUCAAUGGAAGGAGCUUGAAAGACAAGCUAUGAUCUACAAAUAUAUGAUAGCAUCUGUACCCGUACCUUCCGAUCUUCUCUUACCUGCAGAUCCAACUGCCGCUCCCUCAGUGCUCCUCGGGGGGAGUCAUGGAGGUGGUGGUUCAAUAUACAACUUGAGAUAUGGGAAUAGAGAUCUAGAGCCAGGAAGGUGCAAAAGAACGGAUGGCAAGAAAUGGAGAUGCUCUAGAGAUGUGGCUCCUCAUCAGAAGUACUGCGAGCGCCACAUGCACAGAGGCCGUCCCCGUUCAAGAAAGCCUGUGGAACAACUUCAGUCUUCGUCCGUAUCUCCCGACGACAAUCCCAACAACAACAUUAGCAAGAAGUCCCGCCUUCACCACACCUCCCUUCACCCUAACCCCACUGUUGCUCAACCAAACAACCAUUCCUCUCCACAGUUUCAAGGAACCGGCACCAUCCAGCAGCUCAAGGACCCUCAACUUCUCGAUGCAUCAAUUGCUUUCAAUAGUAUCUUUGCAUCUUCUUGCAAUUACAAGGAAUCCAACAGGGUUUUCGGCUGGGCCGUGGAUGGGGAAGUUAUGGCAGCAAAUCGGGUUGAGCAAGAGUCGCUGCAUUUGAUGGACACCAGAAGAAGAGAGGGAUUGGCUCCUAUCCGGGGCUAUAUCUACGGCACUAACGCCUCCACUCUGCAACAGGGCUAUGGCGAAGAGGGGCCAUUGAACUUGUUUUCUUAUGCUACUGAAAUUGCCUACCCGGGGGGUAUCCACAGCCGGAAUGAUGAGUACUACCAUGCGUUCCUGAACUCUGAUUUAAUUGCAUCGAAGCAGCCUCAGAUAGACCAGCACUGUCCUCCUAGGGGCUUUAUUGAUGCGUGGUCAAAUGGGGAUUUAAAGACAAUUGACGAGUCCUCCUCGGUGCCAUCUUCAAAAGGGUAUGGCCUGUCCCCUUCUUCUCUCACGCUUUCGAUGGCUAUGGCGGCAGGAAAUGCACUUGAUGAAGGGAUGGGACUGGACGAAGAUUCUCGUCCCCGUAUGCCCACGCCCAAAGAUAGCCCUGUUUCUUGGCUGCCUCUCAUUCCAGGUGGGCCACUGGCUGAGGUUUUGCAGCCUAACUCCGUCGCUUGUGGAUCAAAUCCAGCAUCUCCAUACGCUAGUAACGGCGACUCAGUCAGCCCUCCGGCAACCACGGUUUCAUCACCGACUGGCAUUUUCCAAAGAGCGUUGUUUUCUCACUCUGAUGGCAGCGUCUGCAACAGCCCAACUCUAGCGGCUUCGGCUGCUCCACCAGAGGUCGUCGCUUUCCAGUGGCUUAAUUGAGAGUUUAAGGGGCUGCAAAGAUGGUCAAGCAUUUUAAUUUCUUAACAGUCUAUAACUUUGAUUCCUUAGUUGUGGUUGCUUUCGGUUUCUCAGACGAGUUUUUUAGGCUUAAAGAUUUUUUUUUUUUUUUGGAAAGAUGCAUUUCUUGAUGCUUCCUUUGUCGUCUUAGUGUGCACCCUCUGGAAUUCUCUUAAUUUCCGUGGUGUAAAGGUAGUUAAUAGCGUUUUGCUUCAAUUGUCGGGCUAUACAAUCUAGCUAUUAACGAA